AUGUCUGCACCAUCGAAAGUGACAUUCCCAUCUUUUAUGCUGCAAAUCAGCGGCGAGCUCUAUAUCCCCCAACCUGGAUCUCCUGAUCGAAAUGGCGCCGCAAUUGUCAUUAGCCACCCUAUGACCGGCGUGAAAGAGCAAACCUCUGCGGAUCAUGCCCGCGUGCUAUCAAAAGCCGGUUUCUACGCCCUCACUUUUGAUGCAGGGUAUCAAGGGGAAAGUACCGGCCAGCCACGAGGCCUUGAAGACCCUCACCAAAGAGCAGAAGAUGUCAAGGGUGCUGUGAGCUUUUUGACCACUCUUAAGGGAAAGGUGGACCCUGAACGUAUCGGAGUCCUUGGUAUUUGUGCCUCGGGUGGCUAUACAUCAUAUUCCGCACAGUCUGAUAGCCGCAUCAAGGCACUUGCCACUGUAAGUGCGGCUUGUGUCGGCCGUAUGACUCGCCAUGGAGGUGUUCACAAGGAAAACAACAAGGAGGUCCCGCAGGCUAUUUCCGGUGCACUUCAGGCAGCUGGCCAGUGGCGUACCACUAUCGCCAACGGGGCCCCUGUCGACGCUCCGCCAAUGUUUACCAGUGAUGUCUCCCAGAUCCCCGAGGACGCCGACUCUUUCUUCAAAGAGGCUGCGGGAUACUACGGUUCUAAGCGUGGAAAUCACCCACGUUCCGACCAGAAAGUCCCUCCCUCUAGCUACGAUCUUAUGGUUAGCUAUGAUUCAUUCAACUUUCAACACCUGAUCUCUCCACGACCAUUGUUAAUGAUCGCUGGAUCAGAAGCCCAGACUCUUCAUUUCAGUGAAGCAGCAGUCGCUGCGGCCAGUCAGCCCAAGGAGCUGUUCGUUGUCGAUGGAAAGAACCAUUUCGAUCUCUACGAUGACCUCAGUGUAUCUGGCCCAAAGCUUGUGGAAUUUUUUGGAAAGAACCUUUAA